AUGACCAAGAAAGAGCAGCAGAAAGAAAAGGGGGACAAGGAAAAGAAACCAGUUACCACAGUCGAUGAUCUAUAUCGACACUCCACCCAAUAUAGACUCUGGUCAUUUACCGAGAACCAACUAAAAGAACGCCGUACAAAAGUCAAUGUCCAAGGAAAACGAAGAGCCCUUAAGAAACUCAAAGUGUUUUGCGAAAGAGACGAUAAUGAUCACAAGUUUGAAACUUCUCGUGACUUGCUUCAGCUCGUGAGUGAGGACGAGGAACUUCUUGAAGUCAAUUAUUAUGUUGAUGUACUUCAAAAAUUAUCUUCACAAGUCCUUAAACUUCCAUCCCAAGUACGAGCCACUGCUGUGGCAUUUCUAAAAAGAUUCUAUCUCGUUCAUUCAGUGAUGGAACAUCAUCCCAAGAAAGUCCUUGCUACAUGCUUGUUUUUGGCAGCCAAGUCAGAAAAUUGCUUCAUGGCCCCAAAGACUUUGGCUGAGUACCUUGGUAGUAAAACUACUCCUGAGUCGAUUCUUGAGCUUGAAUUCACAUUAGUUCAAGCUCUACUGUUUACAAUGCUCUGUCAUCAUCCAUACCGGGCCCUUCAUGGGUUUUUGUUCGAUUUUCAAGGGAUUCUUAUCCAUCGACAUCCAAACGGGGUGGUGGUUACCAGAAAAGAUGAGUCCACUGGAGAAAAGAAAAAAUUGAGAAUCAAGAUCAACAAAGACAGAAUAAUGAAAGGUUACGUUGCGGCUAGGGAAUGGGCAGACGUAAGCUUGAAAGGGGAUACAGCAUUUUUAUUCACCCCACCACAAAUUGCGUUGGCAUGUUUUCUAAAAGUUGAUGAGGAAAUGACGGUAGCGUACCUCACAUACAAAUUUGUGAAGGAUCAACAUAAGGAUCGACAAGAGGAAGGAGGAAAAGAAGAAGAGGAAGAAGAGGAAGAGGAAGAUUCUGAUGAUGAGGAUAAUCCAGAGACUAAGUUUGAUAAUGAUGAAGAAAAAGAUGAAAAUAAAACUGAAGAAGAAAAACAGAAAGCAAAAGAGGUAGAAAAGGAAAAAGAAUUGGAAAAGGAAUUGGAAAAAGAACAGCAUAUUCAGUUCUACAAAAAAAUGAUCAAGACCCUUAGAUCUUGUAUACGAACCAUGGAUAGCGUAAGGGGCCCUACUCUUGAUGAGGCCAAGACCAUUGAUAAGAAGGUUCAUUAUUGUAUCAAUCCAGAUAAAUUGCUUAAGAGAAAGCGUCAAGAAGGAGCGGAUGGUGGACAGCACGAUGCUAAAAAGAUCAAGUUAGAAGGGUAA